AUGUUGCCAGCACACCACAGACUAGGCGUAGCGAAAGUUGUCGAAAGUGGAAGGAUUGGAUCAAUGGAUUUACUUGGGUUACUUAAAAUGUUGGAUAAUUUAAAACAUCUAAAACGACGUGGUUGGGUCGAUUUCCAUGUGCCCGAGCCGGAAACAGUCGCUUGCCACAUGUAUAGAAUGGCAGUGCUUACAAUGACUAUUGAAGAUUCAUCGUUAGACCUCUCAAGAUGUUUGCGCAUGGCUCUGAUUCAUGAUUUAGGUGAAGCUAUUGUCGGUGAUAUUACUCCGCGAUGUGGUGUACCUAGUGAUGUAAAGCAUAGGAUGGAAGAAAAGGCGACUUUUUCUUUAAAUUUAUUUAAAUUUAAAAGGUUAAAUUUCUUUACGUUUCCAUUGAUAGAAUUUAUUUUUAAGGCAAUGAUAGAAAUAUGUCAAAUGGUUCCUGAAGUUUGCGGCAACGACUGGUUGGCUUUAUGGCGAGAAUAUGAAGAAGGUAGAACAAAAGAAGCUAAUGCCGUUAAACAGCUUGACAAAUUUGAUUUUAUUGCUCAGGCUUUCGAAUAUGAGCAAAAGUACAAUAUGGACUUUGAGGAGUUUUUUGAAUCCACUCGAAAUUCAUUUAACUCCGAACCAUUUAUGACUUGGCGCGAUGAUUUACUUAGGCAGCGAAUGGAAUGGAAAAAGGUAAAUACAAUAUCAGAUGGCACCACUGUAGAUGAUAGCGAUUCGCUUCUACCUCAAGAAUUUUUCAAUUGA